UUUCGUGUUAAGCAUUACGUUUUUGUUCUGCAAUUGUUUUGUUGUAUAUUAAAAAUGUUUUGAUUUUGUUAGUUUUUGAUCAAGUUUGCCAUAAAAACAAGCAUAUCCCAUUUGUUACAAUGAUAUCUACUUCGUGAACAUGAGCUUAAAAUAUAUAAUCUUUUUUUGGAUGUUGAUGAUGAACUAUUCCAGUCUCUUGAGCUUGGAAUAUUCAAAAGGUUUCAAUGAGUCGGACGCUAUUAACACCAUUUAUACGGGCCAAAGUAAACGAACCAGUAAAUUUCUAUUUGACACAAUUUUUCGCAUAAGUUCAGGAGUAUCCAAUGCCUUUGGACUUUCGGAUACCGAAGACGAGACUGAGUAUGCCGAAAAUUCCAGCCUAAAGAAUUGUGAUUGUGAUUGUGGCUUCUCGAAUGAAGAAAACCGCAUUGUGGGGGGAAAGCCAACUGGCGUCAAUCAAUAUCCUUGGAUGGCCCGCAUCGUGUACGACGGCAAGUUCCAUUGUGGCGGCUCCUUGCUGACGAAGGACUACGUUCUAUCUGCCGCUCACUGUGUGAAGAAACUGCGCAAAUCCAAAAUCAGAAUCAUUUUCGGAGACCACGAUCAAGAGAUUACCUCGGAGUCACAGGCCAUCCAACGUGCGGUCACGGCCGUGAUAAAGCACAAGAGCUUUGACCCCGAUACAUACAACAAUGACAUUGCCCUGCUGAGACUUCGCAAGCCUAUAUCGUUUUCUAAAAUCAUCAAGCCUGUUUGUCUUCCGCGGUACAACUACGACCCCGCAGGUCGCAUUGGAACAGUUGUGGGCUGGGGACGGACGUCCGAAGGAGGAGAGUUACCGUCCAUAGUUAAUCAAGUUAAGGUGCCAAUAAUGUCCAUCACGGAAUGCCGAAAUCAAAGAUACAAAAGUACUCGAAUUACCUCAUCCAUGUUGUGUGCGGGUAGGCCUUCAAUGGACUCCUGCCAGGGCGACAGUGGAGGACCGCUGUUGCUAUCCAAUGGCGUUAAAUAUUUCAUCGUCGGAAUUGUGUCCUGGGGCGUCGGAUGCGGCCGCGAAGGAUAUCCGGGUGUUUACUCCAGAGUGAGCAAAUUCAUUCCCUGGAUCAAAUCUAAUUUAGAAAAUACCUGCCUGUGUUCUUAGUCAAUGCUGUAUGCAAAUACACGACCUUAUUUAUUGCCUAGCUAAGUCCGUUUUAAUGCAAAGUGUCUUUGUUAUUACACCAAUCCAUCGAAAAUAAAAUAAUUGUUUCAUUUGAA